GCGGGUAGCGGCUGCGACGACGCGGGCGUGCGAAAGCUCCGCUCCGUACUCGCGGUGCCGUUAGCGCAGGCUCGGGCGGGCGGCUCGGGCGGCGGGCGGGCCGUGGGUGGUACCGUUGAGCCGUGCCGACGUCACCACUGUGACGUCACAGUCGUGACGUCAGACAUCGCGAUAUAGCCACCAGCCUCGGCGACGGCGGCCUCAGUAACGCACCGACCGUUCACUAACGCGUACCUCCGUGCAGGUUCACGCGGACUGCAUUGACACUACCGACUGACUGAGUGAGUGAGUGCGCGUGCAGUGAGUGGAAUGUGCUCAGCCGCAUGAGGAUCCUGCUGAGCGAGCUGGGACUGUCCGGCGCGUGCUUCGGCCUGACCCUGGAGUCGCGCGAAUCCUCGCUGGACCCCGACAAGUCUGCGCCAGGUCAGCGCCCGCACGACGAUACGCGAUCCAAUUCUUCUGUGUUUAUUUUCGCUUUCGUUGUGUAGAACCUCUGGGUGUUGUAGAACUUUGUGUGGAACUGUUCUGACGAUGGCUAUCGGCUAGAAUGCGAGGUGCGUUGCUGACGCCCUCGAGCCAACACUGCGGCCUUAGACAUUUCCAAAACACACGGCCGAGCGCCUUAGAGCCGCGCUCGCCAAGCGCCUUUUCGUCCAACUCAUCCAGCAUGCUACUGCUGCAGACACACAGCAACUACGGUUCAUCCUUCACUGAUUUGUUGUCGCCGCAAUAUCAAGAAGACUCGUCCGAAAUCCUAGAGGAGAAUUUGGAUCCAUUUCCAGACGUCGAAUUUCACGCUCCUGCCCCAGUUGAAAUUAAAGAGCAACGGACCACGCCUGUGAGCGACCCCGCCUCACCCACUCUCGGACCCACGCUGCCUAGCUUUGAAGAAACAUAUUCAGUUCGAUAUCCGAAACAAGAAAUAAUGGCAGAAUUUGGCAUUAAAAUGGAUGAAGACUGCUACAAUGUCAGUUCAUACUCUCAUCAAGGCCACACUUCAACGCAAUUAUUAUACCCUUAUCAUCAACCAGCAAUUCCAUACGUGCCCUCACCAUAUUACGCUCCCGCCCAGCCGUGCAGCCCCACGUUUGAUACCGGGGGCGUAACGCAUAAUCAAGACUCUUAUUCACUACCACCUUUUCCGAGCUCGGUCGACCUUCACAUAGCUAACGACCAAGCAUCCAGGCAAAGACGAGCAUCAUUACCAGUGCAACGUUCAGAAUCAAACAGUUCAAAUGACAGCCCUAAACUGCACGGCGGCAGGGUCCACUGUAUGCAAGCUUCGACACCCAGUUCAGCAUCAAGUUCCCCGGGAGGCGCCCCUCCGGACGUGGUAGGUUCGCGUGCUGCCCCUUCUUCGCCAAGUCAGCUGUGCGCUGUCUGUGGAGACACUGCGGCAUGCCAGCAUUACGGAGUUCGGACUUGUGAAGGCUGUAAAGGAUUUUUCAAAAGGACCGUACAGAAAGGCUCAAAAUACGUUUGCUUAGCAGAAAAAUCCUGCCCUGUUGAUAAGAGAAGACGAAACAGAUGCCAGUUCUGUCGGUUUCAGAAAUGCCUCGCCGUAGGUAUGGUCAAAGAAGUUGUUCGUACUGAUUCUUUGAAAGGAAGACGCGGCAGAUUACCCUCAAAACCAAAAUGUCCACAAGAAUCUCCACCAAGUCCACCAAUUUCACUAAUUACAGCUUUGGUCCGAGCGCACGUUGACACUUCUCCAGAUUUUGCCAACUUAGACUACUCACAAUAUAGAGACCCAAAUCCUAUGGAGCCUCCGAUAUCUGAUCUCGAAGUUAUUCAACAAUUUUAUUCUCUACUCACUACGUCCAUUGAUAUGAUCAAAGUUUUUGCUGAAAAAGUUCCUGGUUAUGGUGAACUGUGCCUCGAGGAUCGUGAGCAAUUAUUUGCGUCUGCGAGGUUGGAGUUGUUUGUGCUGCGGCUAGCUUACCGCACUCGUCCCGAAGAUACUAAGCUCACAUUCUGUAAUGGACUUGUACUCGACAAGAGACAGUGUCAGCGGUCAUUCGGAGACUGGUUGCACGCAGUUCUAGAUUUCAGCAACACCUUGCAUUCGAUGGAUAUCGACAUUUCAACGUUUGCCUGUCUUUGCGCAUUAACUUUGAUAACAGAGAGACACGGUCUCAAAGAGCCUCAUCGAGUGGAACAACUGCAGAUGAAGAUAAUCGGUUGUCUCCGCGCGCACAUGCCGGGCGGCAGCGCGGCCCCGGGCGGCGCGCCGCAUUUCAGCCGCGUGCUCGGAGCCCUGCCAGAACUGCGCUCGCUCUCCGUGCAAGGACUACAACGCAUCUUCUAUCUCAAGCUGGAAGAUCUCGUGCAACCUCCGCCCCUCAUCGAAAACAUGUUCCGCGCCAGCCUUCCGUUUUAGGCACCCUAUUCCCCAUUGUAACUCCCGCCUUCGUAAUGCAUUCUCCUUCUAUUUAGAGCCGACUCCGUUAUUUUAAGCAUUAGAUUUUAAAAUAUUUUUCUAUAGUAUAGAUGGACGUUUUAUAGACAAGAUCUCCCACGGAAUCGGUUCAUGCUAAAUUUAAUGAAUUUUGAAUAAAAUAAUUACGCAAAGAAGACAAUCGUAUUACAUAAGUGUAUGUUAAGCUUAAUUUAUUAAAAAAUAGUAUAGUAUAUAUGUUAUUUGGGUGUGAUUUUGUUUUUAUAAUGUUGUGUAUUUAGUCUGCAUUUGAGUUACCGCUCGUGAUCAAUGGCAUCUUGUCGUACAAAUAUUCCUAUGUUAUUUACUUGCGUAUUAUAUAGAUAAGGGAAAUCUAGUCACAAGACUUAGAAAUGUUAAAAUUGAGCUCUUAAGCAAAGAGCUUUUAUUAUGGUUAUUAUAGAAAUUACUUAAGGAAUGAUUAUGACAUUUGAUGUCCUGUUGUCUGAGUAGUAUAAGCAGCGAGUUUGGCGAAUGGGCGAAUCAAUGAGGGGUUGGCAACAGCGGCCCGGCCGACCGCUGCCGCACAGACCGGCAGACUCGCUCCUAUCUGCUCACGCGUGUAGUGUCCAACCGUACACAAGAUUGUUGGAAGUUACCUUUAGGUUUAAAUUAUUUUAUAAUUAAUUUAGACGCUAGGGCGUUAACAUAAUUUGUUACAUUAGUAAAAGGCCAGAGAAAAAGUUCAGCAUAAUUUAUAAUGUAAUCUCCUAAAUCCAUUGUGUCUUAACGAGUACCUUCUAGGUAGAUAGAAUAGAUGUUUUCUUACGUUUGUACAUCUUUGUACAAACCGAUACAUAUUAUAUAUGUAUUGGUAAAAUACUAAACAAACAUAUCACUGUUUAUAUUUUUUAACCAAAAGGGUUGCAAUUAUUAUAAGAAUCUACCUAUUGAUAUCUGCUUCCAACCUUUAGAUACAUUUUGCAACCAAGUCUAUAGGUAUCUUUAAAGUAAUGCGUGCCUGCGAUUUCCAAAUAAAGUGCUUUACUUUAAUAUCAUAAAAUAGUUUCUUGAUAUCUUGCAAACAUCCACUUUAAAAAUAUAUAUAUAUAUAUAUUUUUUAA